AUGAUAUCCAGGUCAGGGUAUCCAAGCCUGAACCCCCUCUCACCCACUCUCUGCCUCAUGGAAGAAUGCCGAGCCGUCUCGUCCGAACCAGCUGGCAAGCUUGGGGAGAAUUUCGUAAGCGCUGCCAUGCGCGAGUCGCUGUCGCCAGGCCAUGGCGAGCUGGAGCUUCUACAUUGUCCUUUCUUAGAGUUGAUUCACGAUGACGACCGGAGCGCGUUUCAGGGCUAUAUGGCGCAGACACAUGCUCUUAACGCGGACAGCAAAGCCACCGCGCUAGAAGUCCGGCUUCAGAGCACCGAAGCGCUCUCUGCUGCUCUGGAGGGGUGCUUCUCUGCUGCUCAAUUUCCACCCCAGGCCCCUGUAGCUGCAGCAGCUGCAGCUGUACUCGCUAUAGAGAAGGAGCUGGACUCGUUAGUGGAGAGGCUGAAGUCUCUGGAGGCAAAAAUCCGCGAGGGCGUGUACAAUGGGAAGUUCAAGCGAAUAUUCGAGAUCUCUAUGGACCCGAUAUUUAUAAUCAGCGGCGAUAGGCUGAUCCACGAGUGCAACGAGGCGGCAGUGCGCAUGCUGGGGCACCAAUCAAAGGCCGCCAUCUGUCACAAGCUGAGCGCCGCCGCCUUCUCCCCAGAGGUGCAGCCGGGCGGCGAGCGGACGGCGGAUAAGAUGAUGCGAUUCGUGCAGCCGCUGCUGCGGGGAGAGGCGUCGAUCGACGAGUGGUGGCACUGUGAUACCAAAGGGGAGCUGUUCCCUGUGCUGGUCAAAGUGCAGGUGCGUGCAGAGUUUGCAGGUGUGUGCAGUGAGAGAGGGUGGUGGCACUAUGGCAUUCAAGGGGGGCUGCUGCGGGGGGAGGCGUCUAUUGACGAGUGGUGGCACUGUGAUACCAAAGGGGAGCUGUUCCCCGUGUUGGUGAAAGUGCAGUUUCUGAGCGAGGAGCACCCGGGGGAGGUGGUAUCUGUGUGGCACGAUCUGCGGGAGAUGAAGCGGCAUGAGGAGGAGCUGAGGCAGGCCAAGGAGGUGGCAGAGGCGGCGAGUCAGGCCAAGAGCCAGUUCCUGGCGAACAUUAGUCAUGAGAUCCGCACGCCCAUGAAUGGUGUGCUGGGGGUGGCGGGGCUGCUGUUACAAGCGCCUCUGACUCCCGAGCAGCAGCAGUGUGCUGGGGGUAGCGGAGCUGCUGCUGCAAACUCCGUUGACUGUGUUGACUCCAUUGACCCCGUUGGCUCCUCAGGUGAUCCGUUAGCAGCAGCAGUACUGCGAGGUGUACUGGGAGUGGCGGAACUUCUGCUGCAAACGCCAUUGACUCCCGAGCAGCAGCAGUACUGCGAGGUGAUUCGCUCGUCAGGAGAGAGCCUGCUGCACAUCAUAUCCGAUGUACUCGAUAUAAGCAAGAUCGAGGCGCGGUCGCUAGCGCUCGAGUCGAUCCCCUUCCACCUGCAGCAGUCUGUAGAGGAGGCUGUGGCUGCUGUUGCCGUUCUGGCACGGCGGAAAGGGCUCAAGGGCAAGAUCGAGGCGCGGUUGUUGGCGCUCGAGUCGAUCCCGUUUCACCUGCAGCAGACAGUGGAUGACGCUGUGGCUGCUGUUGAUGUGCUGGCACGGCGGAAAGGGCUCAAACAGGCAGUGGAUGACGCUGUGGCUGCUGUUGAUGUGCUGGCACGGCGGAAAGGGCUCAGGCUGGGUGUGGAGAUGGAAGGCUCUGUGCCUCGUUGCAUAGUUGGAGACCCCUCUCGCCUGCGCCAAGUGCUGCUCAACCUCCUCUCCAACGCCAUCAAGUUCACCCACCAGUCAGUGCUCUCUCCCAACCUCCUCCAAUCUCAUCUCUCUUUCUCUUCUUUCCUUGAACUCUCCUUCUCCUCUCUAGUGCCAUCAAGUCCUCUCUUUCUUCCCUCCAUCCUCCCCUCUCUUCUCUCCCUCCUUCGCUCCUCUCAUUCCCUCCCUCCUUCCCUCUUGAACCCUCUCACCCCCCUCUCCAACACCAUCAAGGGCUUUGUGAAGCUCCGGAUUGCCACAUCUAACGUUACAGGAAUCCUGCAUCACCCAACAGAGGAAGACUCUAAGGCCCGUGCAGCAGCGGCAGCAGCAGCAACAACACCUUGCGUUGAGGCCCCUCAGAGCUUAACAGGGGGCGCAGCAGGCUCAUCAGCAGCAGAGGCAGCAUCUGAGGCAGCAGCAGAGGCACCACCAGAGGAACUGCAGGGGGGAGACACUGAGAUGCCAUUGCAACAUUUGGGUUCUAAAAAUGGUUGGGGGAAACGCAAGCGAAUGAACUGCAGCAGUGGGGAGGAUGAAUGCUGCACAAACGCAGGUGUGGCAGGAGCAGCAGCAGACAAUGCCAGUGGGGAGGAUGGUGGUUGCACAGUUCUGAAGCGCAGCAGAAGGAGUUGUGCUGGUGGGCCAGCAGGAGGUAUUUCCAAGGCGCAGGCGAGGGCAGAACCAGAGGGGCAAGCAGAGGCAGUGAUGCAAGUAACGUCUGGAGAGCCUGAGAUUUGGAAAAGCGAUGAAGGGUGCAUAUCAGGUGAAGUGGCAGUGGCCAUGGGUGGAACAGAGACAACAGAGGCAGCAGCAGCAUGUCGGAAGAGUGAUACAGAAGAGGAGAUAACAGUGCACUUUGAGGUGGUUGACUCAGGCAUCGGCAUUCCCCCAGCCAUGCUCCCGCGCCUCUUCCAGCCGUUCAUGCAGGCAGAUGAAUCCACCAGUCGCAGGUACGGUGGCACUGGGCUCGGCCUCGCUAUCUGCCACUCGCUCGUCACGCUCAUGGGCGGCACCAUCCACGUGUCCUCAGCAUUCAGUCCAACAGCAGCAAUCGGUGCUGUUGGAUUCUACAGCAAACAAGCUGCUGAUGCGCAUCCUAGGCAUGGCACCACGUUUCAGUUCUCACUGCCCUUCAAGGUGGUCAGGGCAACUUGUGAGCCUUCCAGCAUAGAUGCCUAUGACCGGCCGGUUGAGCCCUGUGCUGCUGCUGCUGCUGCUGCUGCUGCUGCUGCUGCUGCUGCUGCUGCUGCUUCUGCUGCUCCUGGUUCGGCGGAUGCUCCUGCUGCAGCUGCUGUCGCUGCUGCUCUGAGUCCACUUUCCUGGUCAAUGCAGGAAAGCUUGCGUUUGGUGGGAGAGGGGUUGGAUAAUGUGGCCCAAGCAGAGCAUCAGGUGCAGGACUCAGAGGGAGAAUUGCAGGAGCAGGGGAAGCAGCAGACAAAUGCCAAGGAGGAAGCCGGACCAAACAAGGUCUUAGUGGCUCAGCAAUGGAGGAUGCAGGAUCCACUGCAAAUAGAUCGAAACCAGGCAUAUGUUCAUGUGGCUUCAUCCAGGGAGCAAGCUUCAGAUGCUUCUGUAUCAGCCAAGGCACCAGGUGGUUUGAAAUCACCUUCCCGAUCACCAUCAGUGUCAUUUCCUGGAGUGCGGUGUCUAGUGGUGGAGGACAAUGCAGUGAACCGCAUGGUGGUGGUGCGCCUGCUGCGCAGCCUGCAUGUGAACAUUGACGUGGCGGAGAAUGGCGUGCUUGCCGUGCAGGCAUGCCGCAAUAAGGAGUACGAUCUUGUACUCAUGCUGGGCUUUGAAUAG